CGGAGAAGUACAGGGAGGCAACAUGCAAGGGGAAGAAAGCAUCUCAGUCAACGUCACAGCGAACCUGGACAAUGUGUCGAACUUGUUCGAACAGAAACUUGAGUCGAUGUGUUCGAACAAGCUCGCACAGGGCCAUCUUUCGAGCUGUGGUGCAAGCAGCAUGCUGGAACGACACUUGGUCGGCAACUGGGGUUCGAAGUCAACGACGACAAUGGCAACACGAAGGUCUGGUGGCGUUCGUGGAAGAAAUCCCACGAGGCCUACAACGAAUUUGCCUGGACGACUGGUUCGCAACUCGUGUUGCGAGACCUGAUGUCUGGCGAAGAGGUUACGUUUCAGUACGAUAUUGCGACGAACGAUCCAACGAGUUUCCAAUGCAAAUGCGCGAGCGAGUAACGUUACUGUCGUGGAACUAUGGCCGCGGUGCAAAGAGUCAAGCGUUCCCACAGUGAGGGGCGUGUGAUGGAGGCCACCGCCGCACUUGAACUGGGUGUCGACAUGCCGCAAUUCGCCGCCAAGGUCUCUGCAAAGCAAGAACCACUUGUCCGCAACCAAGCGCUGGCAGCAAUUGCCCACGACAAAAAUCACUUCUACGGCAGCCUGGACGACAAAAUCAGACAAUUGGGGCUGAUUCAAGGCACGUCAGCGACAAAUGGGCAUUGCCUCUUUUCAGCACUUGACUGCUAUGUUGAGGGUAUCCGUCAUGCUGUCGUCGACAAGAAAGGAAACGUCAAGGACCCACUCACAAUCCAAGCGCAUGCGCGAGACGCUUCGUGCAAUCGAAGCGGCGGCAAUGUUCGACGAAAUCAGCAUCUUGUACGACAACCAGCCUACCGUUCGUAAGAGUAUUCUUCAAGGCAAGAGCGUCCGGGAGUCAGUCACAGCUCUUUUCUCUGCCCGUUUCAAGGCGGCAAAGGACGCAUCGAAACCCUGGGAAAACGCAGACCUUUGGGGACACUCGGCAGACAUUUGCGCUUUUCGACGACUCGUGCACGAAGACAUUUAUGUGUUCGGAGAGAGCAAAGAGAAGGACAAGAAGGUCGUGUGGACUUUGGAAAAGUAUGGAUACCCCGAGUCAAGUCGAAAGCGUGGUGUGUUCAAGUUCGUGCGAGACCAAGUUCCAAUGAGCGAGUGGACAAGUGCAGUGAAGUUCAAUCGCGAUGCUUUGUUUCUAAAAAACAAGACCAAAUUGCACUGAUACCCACUGUUGACCAUGGGACGAGCAAACGCAACAACUUAGUCCUGCUGAUAAUAUUGAAG